AUGGACAAAAUUAAAAGCAUUGAAUGUUUCCUUGUACUCCCUCGCUGGCUGUUCGUGAAAGUUACUGAUGAAGAUGGAAAUCAUGGAUGGGGUGAAAGCGCUCUGGAGGGUCAUUCAGAAGCUGUUGAAGGCGCAUUGAAUGCGUUAUGUCAACGAUUUCAAGGCUAUGAAGCCGAGGGCGGUGCUGUUUUCAUGUCAGCUAUUUCCGGUAUUGACAUUGCGCUUUGGGAUCUCAAGGGCCGCCGGUUAGGUGCACCCAUCCAUCAACUGUUGGGAUGCAAGGUUCGCAACAAGAUCUCUGUCUAUGCUUGGAUUGGAGGUGACCGCCCUGCAGAUGUUGAGUCAGCUGGCAAAGCGCGGCUGGAUCAAGGGUUCAGAGUCAUAAAAAUGAAUGCCACAGAGGAUGUGAACUGGCUUGAUUCUCCCCGAGUCCUGGAGUCCAGCGUCGAGCGCCUCAAAGCCGCAAAAGCUCCAGGGCUUGAUGUCGCCCUUGACUUCCAUGGUCGUCUCCAUAAACCAAUGGCCAAACAGCUUGCUAAGCUAGUGGAGCCUUACCAGCCCCUAUUCAUCGAGGAACCCCUCCUCUCGGAGCAUCCUGAGGGAAUAAAACACUUUUCUAGCCAAGUCACGACACCGAUUGCGCUGGGCGAGCGGCUGUACAACCGGUGGGAUGUCAAGCGCUUCUUGGAGAAUGCAAGCGUUGAUGUCUUGCAGCCAGAUAUCAGCCAUUGCGGAGGUAUUUCUGAAAUCCGGCGCGUCGCCGCAAUGGCAGAAGCAUACGAUGUGGCGAUUGCCCCGCACUGUCCCCUGGGGCCUAUUUCGCUGGCUGCUAGUAUUCAAGUCGACCUCACGAUUCCAAAUUUUGUAAUCCAAGAAAUGAGCCUUGGUACCCACUAUAACACGAAGGCGGGCGCGUAUGAUAUAACCAACUACGUGACGGAUCCUUCAGUUUUUGAUGUCAAGGACGGCUAUGUGGGUGCGCUGACAAAGCCGGGCUUGGGAAUCGAUAUCGAUGAGGAUGAAGUGCGGAGUGUUGCGAUGACAGCGGACUCCUGGACUCCGAAGGAGUUUUAUGGAGUUGACGGAGAACUGCUUCAUCGUCUGAAUUUCCGUUUUCAUGCUUUGUUCACUCUGUUUGAAGAUUACCAAGCCUCAGCAAUUUCAGCCAGCCCAAAACCAACAGGGCUAGAGCUGGAUCGGCUUUGUUCGAUAAUAAACUUGAAGGAACUGCUGCAAGAAAUCCGAUGGGAAGACAUGGGUGAUUUCAGUAUCGCGGUCGAUAAGGUUGCGCUGGUCCAGACUGCCGAGGGCAAGUCGAGAAAUAGUAGUCUCGGUAUGGGUAACUGGUAUGUAGAAUUGAGGGCGGACAACUUCGGAAAUUGCAAAAUCGGAGAUAUAGAUAUGAGAGUUCACUUCGGAUUCUUCAAGCAAGCAGUGACCGUGAACACCGCUGCAGUUCCUGAACUCAAGAUAUGA